CCCAAAACCGUUCCGACUCGAGUGCUCCGACUCGAACCUUCGCUUCGCCGCACUCGCCGCUCGGACCUUGCCACCAUGUGGUGCUUCAGCCUGCUAUGGCCGAUGCUGGUGGCUGGCGAGCCGAACAUGAACGGUGACUACGUCUUGUCAGCCACCCCUGGAGCUCAACAGACGCAGCAGCGUUUUCCCACACACUUCAGCGAGUACCCUCGGAAGCCGAGCUACUUUGAUGUCUAUAGUCCGACCAUCAAGACCUUGUAUUCCCAGGUCUUUUGGAAGUCGUUGCCACCGGUGGAUCUACCUGACGACGUGGUGAAGCGCUUCGAUGGGAAGGCCAUGGCCGUGGUGGGCUUUGAGAUCGAUCAGGUCCGACGCACUCCCACAGGCGAUGUCCAAGUGCCCAUCACUGUGGCCUACAAUCACCACUUCGAGUCGACGAUGAUUGGCAAGGAUGCGGUCUUUGAGUCGCAGGAGUUGCAAGGCCCGAAGGAUCCGAACGUGCCAGACACCCACGGCCAUGGCAUGCCGCUUGCAUGGGAGCCGGGCGAUCGACGCUGGGUGGUGAAGCAAAAUGCGAAGAAGUCAGGAGAAUUUCCGAGCUCACAAGCCUUCGGCGGCGCCAAUGGUGGAGAGUUUCGAAAAAGCUUCCAUGGCUACGCACCUGGUUAUGUGCAGGUGAUCCAGUCGCCCACGCAGAUCCAGAUCACUCCGAUGCAGAUUGACACUUGGAAUCGGGAGAAGAUGAAUAUCUCUCACCCGACUCGCUUCGUUUCUGGCCCUGUGCCUAGGAGCAGCUUAGCGCCUCAGACCGGACCGGAUGCACUCUACUCGGGGCUCUUGGAGUGUCCCGUGACCACCCGAAUCACCAAAAAGGUCGAAGGCAAGGCAGUUCUUCGCGUGGGAGGUGCCCCCUGUGGGAAGCUGGCGACCUCAGGCGAGGAAUGCCUCCAAUUGGCCCGUACUGCGUUGCCCCAACACCGGCUGACGCCACUUCAGUCGGCUCAGGAACCUGGCUGCUUCGUGGCGGGUGACAUGGAAGAGCUGGAUUUGGUGCAUGUCUCAUUCAAAGCGGAACAUGGGCGUGCCGCCAUGCAGCAGGACUGGCGCGGCCGACGGCCCAUCCCCGAAGCGCUGUGUGGCAGCGAUGCCAAACACUUCGUGGGCAGUAGCAACCCCUUGGUGAACGUCUCCGUGGUGUUGGAUUUGGAGAACUCUGUGGCGCAGAUCUCCCUAGAAGGACCGAAGGAUGUGUGGUUCGGCGUGGGCUUUGCGGCACAGAGCAUGAGCGACGAGCCCUGGGCCAUCAUCGUGGAUGGCCAGGGAGAAGUCUCUGAGAGAAAGCUGGGCAAUCAUCAAGCUGGUACCUUGCUCAAAGCCUCUGUGACGGUGAAGGAGUCCCAGGUGGUGAACUCCCUGCGACGCGUGGUGCUCACGCGGCCCUUGAAAGGUGCCUCUUCCGAGUACUACUCCUUCAAUCCGUUGGAGGAUGGAGGUGCUCAGAUCAACUUUAUCAACGCAGUAGGCAGCGGCCCUACGCUUUCCUACCACAAGCACCGUACCUUGGGCCUUCUGACCCUCCUUCCCACCAGCAAGACGACGCCGGGCGCUUGCGUGUGUGUGGGCAAGGAGGCGCCCUUCGGUCAGGCGAAGGGGACCAUGGAAUACACUGCCUCAGGACCUGGAGAUGAAGGCUCUGGCAGUGUGGCUUUCAACAACCAAUGCUCUCCAGAACCAAGGAGCGACCUGCUGAAGAUGCAGAACCCCACCUGUGACUUGCGCAACUACAGCGGGGGGCAGAUCGCGUGCCAUCACAUGUGGUCCCUGCUGGAUGCGGAUCAACCCAUCCCCUGGACCGAUCAACCCAUCGAGUACUCCUUGAAGAUGCGCUUUUGGGUGGAAGAGUAUGACAAGUCCUACCACACCAUGUUGCAACGUGUAACAUGGGGCAUUGCAUCACCCGUGGAAUAUGAUGUGCCCAAGUGUUCGGAGGGCAUGAUGGGCUGCAGCCUCCAGAAUGGCACUUGGAUCCAUACAAUCCAGGGCACCUUCAAAGGCGAAGGUCGUUUGUCCGCGGCACAUUUCCACUGCCAUGCGCCCACCUGCUUGUCCAUGCAGAUGUACCGAUGUCCUUUGGGAACUGAGGUGUGCAACGCGAGCACUGGAGAGCUUCUCUGCGAGGAGAAGCCCAUCUAUGGACACGGGGAGGAUGACUUUGGCGAGCCCGGCUACAUCCUACAACCUCCUUGCUUGUGGGGCAGUGAGGACUUUGGUCUAACAGCACCUCCCAGUGUGGAAGGCUACGUGUUGGGAACGGUGAAGACCUCCAAUGCCACCUAUGGACACCAUGGAGAGAUGGCGUGGCAACAGAUGUACAUUUUUCAUGACCCUGCACAAAGAGCUGAGAGCUACAUUUGAAGAUCAAUGCUGCUGAAGUGAUGGAGUUGUUUAGGUCUGAGUUUGGGACUGGUGGUUUCCUCCAAGUCCUUUUAUGUUCAUAUUGGCAAAUUUUGAUCAGAUGGGCUCGUAGUAGCAAAGAGAUCUCUUUGGUGCUGGGAUGCAUUUAACAUUUGCUGUCUUUGGCC